AUGGCUAUUCCAUUUUUAGGCAGAUUGGCCUUAUAUGAAUAUCCUUUGUUGGUUGUAAGUUUCACUUUAGCAUGGCUUGAGUAUAUAAUAUCCAUCAUUACGAUGUUUUUACCCGAUUCCGUAAUAAAGUUGUUUACAAUCACCACCAGACAAAUAUACAGCUUAUUCAAUAUAGCUCAAGGAGAAAAGCAAUAUUAUUACAAAGGUGAAGAUCUCACAACUGAAGAACAUGAUGUCAUGACCAAGUUGAUCUACAGUGAUAAUAUAGAACAAAUGGCUGAAAUUUUUGGCUAUACCAUAGAUAAUCAUAUUGUUAAAACUAAAGACAAUUAUUUACUUAAUAUCCAUAGAGUUUCAAAACCUGGCCCUCAAAGACCAUCUAAUGGUAAGAUUGUUUACUUACAUCAUGGUUUGUUGAUGUGUAGUGAAAUUUGGAUGACAAUGUUGGACAAAAAUUUGAACCUUCCUCUUGUUUUAUAUGAUUUGGGUUAUGAUGUGUGGUUAGGUAAUAACAGAGGGAAUAAAUACUGUCAGAAACAUAUAUAUCAUAGUGUUAAACUGGAACAAUUCUGGAACUUUUCUUUGGAUGAAUUUGCUAUUUUUGAUAUUCCAAAUAUUAUUGACUAUAUAUUAACCACAUCGAAUAUCAACGACAAAUUGACUUAUAUUGGAUUCAGUCAAGGAACAGCUCAAGUUUUUGGGUCGGUAUCCAUCAAUAAUGACUUGAACGAGAAAAUUGAUCAAAUUAUAGCUAUAAGUCCUGCGACUACUCCCCAUGGUUUAUAUUCCAAAUUUCUCGAUAUUUUUGUCAAAGCUUCCCCCAAUGUAAUUUAUUUAUUGUUUUCGAGGAAAGUUUUAAUGCCUUCAGUCUUAUUUUGGCAGAGAAUAAUGUAUCCCCCAUUAUUUAACUCAUCCAUUGAUAUGUCAAACUACUUAUUAUUUAAUUGGAAAUCCCUCAAUAUACUGGAAGUUCAAAAAUUGUGUAGUUACGGGCAUUUAUAUUCCACAACUUCUGUAAAAACCGUUGUGCAUUGGUUCCAAAUUAUGAAGAAUAAGAACUUCCAAAUGUAUUUCGAUCGUUAUAAUUAUUCAGGAUAUUAUCAACCUAUGAGUUAUCCUUUGAAGAACAUCAAAAUCCCCAUCCAUUUAAUUUAUGGGAAUCAAGAUUCUUUAGUCGACAUCAACGUAAUGAAAAACCAACUUCCAACCAAAUCUACUACUUCAGUUGAAGUUGAUGGACAUGAGCAUUUGGACAAUAUCUGGGGUUCCGAUAUCGGUGACAGGGUUUUCAAGCACGUAUUACAUUAUCUAGGUGAAGAUAAGCCCAACGGUAGUGUUCAAUAUUAA